AUGAAUCUACAAGCUAUAAAGGAAGCUGCUCUAUAAAUGUAUUUAUUUUAAAUUAAACCAAUAGUAAAGAUAAACUUACAAAGCCUCCACUUGCUGAUACCUUAAUAGAAGCUACAUCAAAUGAAAAUUGGAACACACCUACAAAAUUAUUAUAAGAGAUUUCAGAGGCAUCAUUUGGAUUGUAUAAGACAAGCAAUAAAAUAUAGCACAUAAUGUGAUACAAUUAUGAAAUUUAUCUGGAAGAGACUUGAUUCAGACAAUAAAGAAUGGAGAAGAAUUUUGAAAGUAUGCAUAAGAAUGCUAUUAGACAUUAGACACUCAAUUUGAUUGAUUAUUUGACUAAAAAUGGAGCACCACGUUGUGUUGGAGAGUUCAGGGAUUCUAUAUUUAAAAUAAGAAGUUUUUCAGAUUUCAUUUUAAUUGAAUAAGGUUCUGAUAAAGGACUUUCAAGUAGAAUUUAAUCAUUAAUAUUAGUUCGAGAAAAGAGUAAGUAACUUGUUGAUUUACUCUGUGACGAGAAAUUAAUUGAAGAAGAACGAGAUAAUGCUAAAAAGAUUCGUGAACGUUUGGCAGGCAUCUUAUUUAAAUUUAUUAAAUUUUAGCUGCAGGAGGAAUAGGAGCUAUAGGAAGUAAUACUAAUUAUUAAGGUUAUGGAAGAGACACUUAUAAGAAUGACUCAUAUAAGGGAUAUGGAAAUGAUUCUUAAAUGAAUGAGGCCUCUAAAAAUAAUGCUAAUAAAUCAAAUAAUAAUACUAAAUCUGAUUAAUAAACUUAUUGUAAAACAUAUAUAAAUUAAAUUUAGAGUAAAAGUAUGGAAUUUGGAAUGAUGAUGGUAUUGAUAAAUCUAAGAAAGCAGAAACUAAUAAUAAUAAUAAUAUUAAAAAUAAUAAUACUAUUUAAUGGAAUGUACCUUAAACAGAAGUAAUUUAACCACCAUUCUAAGAAACUAUUCAAAAACUUGCAAAACCAAUCGAAAAAUGGGAUGUUCCAGCAUCAAAAUCAAUCUAAUAAUAACCUUAAUAAAUAUAAUAAGCAAAAUAAAAUACUUAAUCAUCAUAAUAAACCUAAAAGCAAAAUAUAAUUGAUAUAUUUGAUUUUGAACCUUAAUAAAAUCAAUAACCAUAAGCUCCACCACAGAUUUAGCCACUUUAACCUCCUCCAACAUAAAAAUCAACUAAUAAUGAUUGGGGAUCUUUUGAUAAUGUAAAACCUUAGGUCUUUCCUUAAUAAUAAACAUAAUCAUAAGUUCUUUUGCCUUUAGAUGUAUUUAGUUAAUAAGUUUAAUAAUAAUAAUCGAUGUAACAAUAAUAAAAUAAUAUUUUUGGAUAAGAACAAUAAUAGAAUCAAUAAUAAUAACUAUAAUAACUUUAUUAAUAAUAAUAAUAUUCUCAACCACAAUAAUAUUAUUAGCAACAUUAAAAUUAAUAAACAAAUUUGAAUCUUUAUUAAUAAAAUUAACAAUAGUCUUUAUAAAUGAACUAUAAUUAAUCACAAUAUAAUUCUAUAAAUAAUCAAUAGUAAUACUUUUAAGUUAAUCAAUAAUAGUUUAAUUAAAAUUAGUAAAAACUAUAAUAAACAAAGUAGGAAGAUUAAGUAUUUGGAGAUUUUAUUUCUACUUAAUAAUAAAAAUAAACAAAUAACAAUCCAAAUGAUCUUCUUGGUAUGUUAGAUUUGAAAAAAGAAAAAGAAGAAUUAGAAAGUAAAAAAUAAAUUCCAAUUGUAAAUCAAUAGAUAUAGUAAAAUUAAAUUUACCCUGACAUUGAUACAUUUACAUAUAACUAUCAAAAAAAAUAAUAAACAUUUAGCAAUUGUAAUAAAUUUCAAUUAUUUUAGAUCAAUAUCCAUAAGGAAGAUGA